AUGGCUCCCGCAGGAGAGGCGCUGCUGAGGCCGGGAACGGGCCCCGCCCUGCCCAUCCAGUUUCGCCCAGGUGCGGCGGGAGGAGGGGGCGGCGGUGGUUUAAGAGCGCGCCCGGCGGGCCCGGGGGAGGAGCCGCUGCCGCUGCCGCUCCCCCCGCGCGUCCUCCCAGGUGUAACCGGAGCCGGGAGGGCGCGGCGCAGCCAGCACCAGCACCCGCGGAACCUGUCGGGCGGCUCACAGCGCUCCGCCGCCGCUCCGCGCACACACCGCUCCCGCUCUGCCCGCGGCCCCGAGAACUCCCCCGGCCUCCCCAGCCAUGAAGCUGCUCUGCGGGGCCGCGCUGCUGCUGCUCUGCCUUGCCGCCACCGCCGCCCAGAGUUCUCCGCGUCCCGGGACCCCUCCGGGCCCCGCUCUUGGCUGGGCGCCCUGUGCCCCGAAGGCGACACUAUUCCCCCGCAGCGGGCAGGAGGGUCUGGCCCCGAUAGCGCCCCUUUGUCCGCGCCCCGAGGGGAGCCCCGCCGCUCGGGAAGGGAGGGAAGGAGGGAGGGAGGCCGGGGGGACGCGGGGGAGCGGGCACGCCACGCCCGGCCGGGCCGGCGCCGCUUUGUCCUGCCGUGGCAUGGCGGUGCCCCUCACGGCCGCGCUUCCCUCGCAGCGUGUGUGUGCGAGAAGAACAAGCGCGUCACCGACUGCAGGAUGGACAACAGCGGCCGGUGUAUCUGCCAAGCCAUCGGCUCCGGAGCCACCGUGGACUGCUCCACCCUGACUUCGAAAUGCCUGCUGAUGAAAGCAGAAGUGAUGGGCUCCAAGUCGGGUCGUCGUGAGAAACCAAAAGAUGCGUUUGAAGAUACCGAUGGUCUUUACGAUCCCGAGUGUGAAAACAGCGGCGCUUUCAAGGCGAAGCAGUGCAAUGGAACCACCUGUUGGUGUGUGAACACAGCUGGAGUUAGGAGAACUGACAAACACGAUGCUGACCUGAAGUGCAAUCAAUUAGUCAGAACGAUGUGGAUCAUCAUUGAAAUGAGACAUGCUGAGAGAAAUGCUCCUCUGAACGCUGAAUCUUUAAAGAAGUUUUUCACGGACACCAUCACCAGUCGUUACCAGCUGGAUAGCCGCUACAUAGCCAAUGUUCUGUAUGAAAACCCUUUAAUUACUAUUGAUUUGAAGCAAAACGCCUCACAAAAAUUAGCUGGAGAUGUGGAUAUAGCUGAUGUGGCCUACUACUUUGAGAAAGAUGUGAAAGGUCAGUCCAUCUUUCAUAAUAAUGCUGGGAUAAACGUCAGCAUUGACAACGAGCCAGUGAAGCUUGAGAAGACAGUGGUCUACUACGUUGAUGAAAUAGCACCAGAGUUCUCCAUGAAGUCCCUGACCGCCGGCGUCAUUGCUGUCAUUGUGGUGGUACUGGUAGCAAUAGUGGCUGCAAUUGUUGUCCUGGUCCUGACAAGGAGGAGGAAAGGGAAGUACGUGAAAGCUGAGGUGAAGGAAAUGAAUGAAAUGCAUAGAGGGCUGAAUGCUUAACUAAAUCAACUGAAGGCAAACCAGAUUACAAGAAAGAAGACAACAAAAACGUUGGAGGCAUGAAUCUUAAUUUCCUCCUGAAAGGGAGGCAAUUGUGCUCGCUUAAUGAUUGUUAAAACUCUUUAACAGCCAAGGCUGGUAACCAUUCAGCUACUUUUACUAUUUGUUGAGAGUUAAAUGCCCCAUCUUACUCAAGUAAAACUUAACUGUUGCUCCCUGAUUUUAUUUUUUUAUGAUGAUGAAACGAGUCAACAACUGCUGUUACUAGGGUUUUGGAGCAUACAUGCCUAAAUUGUUAUUUUACCCUUGUGGGAGUUUUAUUGAAAGUAAUGAUUUUGUAGCCAUGUUGUAAUGAGACUGUCUCCUGUGUAACUGAACACAACCUUUUUAUGGCAGUUUGUACAUAUUUGAAGUUGCUGUAACUUUUUUAUGACUUGAAUUAAUAAAACUUUGAAACAGG